AUGCAGAACGAGCACGGACAAGGUGUUUCUCACGCCACUGGUGGAUCCAAGGUUCCCGACACCGUUCAGCAGAAGGCCCCCCAGGGUCUUGAGGAGAGCCUCCCCAACAAGGUCCACGACACCGGUUCCGGCACUGGCCGCCAGACUCACGCCAAAGACGGCGGCGAUGCUUCUAUCGUCCCGAAGCCUCUCCAGAAGGCAGUUCCCGAGAAACUCGAGCGCGCUCUUCCCGAUUCCAUUCAUGAUACCGGCGACCAUGGCGGUGCUAAGCACUAG